UGCGUGUGUGUCCACAGCGUCAUGGGGAUUAUAACAUUCACAAAAGUAGCACUUUUAACGAGCUUUAUUACAAAUAUGCGAUCAAAAUAAACUCGCCCGCUAGCGUCUUGUUGUUGUUGUUGUACGUGCGGCGAGGUGGAUAUCGGUGUUGGUUUGUGAAGUGGAGUUUCUUCUAUAUUUGAAGCUUUCGUGACUGCAAGGAUUCAUAUUCUUAGGUGUUUUCGGUAAAGUCACGUAGGUAAAACAUCAAAAUUAAUAAAAAUAAAAUAAAGAUCACGACGUUUCGGAGGCAACACAAGUCUCCGUCAUCAGGUGGGACCGUCACAGCCAGAUCAGCUGCAUCAAGAUGAACACAAUGAAGACAAAUCCGCCGUCCCCGAGCAAGUGUCGAGGCCGGGCUGCAGCGCCUUGCAGGCAGGGCGCACAGCCGCCCGCCGUGCGACCCACGGGCCGUCCUCUGUGGCGCAACGCCACGGGCUCCCUGACGGGGGUCACGGGGGUCACCGGCGUGGGGAUCGCACCGACCGUGGCCGACAGCGGAGGACAGCUGAGCCUGCCCCUUGCCCAGUCACUGCCCCCGCCUGUGCCCCGGCACCCUGCCAAGGAGGCAGCUGCGAGCAUGGAAACCCAAGAGGGAAGUGGCAAUACAGCAACAGAUUUGCACGUACAGUUUCAAGACAGGGAGAAAGAGCUGCUGGAUCAAAUACGUGCCUUGACAAUGCAGGUGAACCUGUUGGGACAGGAAAAUAAGGAUAAAGAUUCAAUGGUGACAUCACUGACCGAACAAAUGGAUGCAAAGGAGCUGGAGCUUGAGGAAAGGCUUGCCACUGAGAGGCAGACGCACAGACAAAGUCGAGAGGAACUUGCUAAAGUUGAGAACCUGGCAAAAGAGCGCAUGCUUCUCUUGCAGGAAAACACACGACUGCAUCACGAAGAAGUGGAAAAGAUGCAAAUGCAGGUUUGCAUACGUGCGGCGCUCUGGCAGCACAAAGAGUCUAUGGCUGCAGUUCUAGAAGGUAAAGAGAAGGAGGUGCAAUGCUUGGAAGAGAAGAUUGGCAAGCUGAAACAGCACAUCGCCGACCUGUUAAAUGGGAGGUCCAGAGAACGGCAGCAGCAGCUGGAUGAGCUGAGGAAAGAGCUGACCCGGAUUACCCAGGAAAAUGAACUCAUGCAGAAAAAACUCAAACGAUACACGUCUGGAAAAGAGGUGUUAAACGUUGUACGAGCCAAACCCACAUAAAUGCAUUGUAUGAGUUUAUCUUAGCAACCUAUUGAGUUUCUCAAACUCGCAGUCUGAACAUGUGAAGUUACCAUUAUCGUCGCUUAUCUGGACUCAGAAGCAUCAUGUGAAUCUCAAUAAAAUCGAUUUGUUUUUCAUGUACUUAAGUCAUGUUAAGCUAUAAAGUGCCAUUACAUCAGCAGGUAAUGUGUGCCUUAUGUUGUGAAAGAAUAUAUUUACUUUUGUUAUUUAAAUAAUGUAUACACAUUUUGUCCGUCUUUGGUACUUUUGUAUUGCAUCAACGAUUAAUUACCACUAAAUUAGAGGUGAAUGAUUAAUUAAGCUGCAUGCCUUCAAUUAUAUGUCAAGUAAGUGAACCCAAAUGUUAUAUUUCAUAUAUGCGAAAGUGUAGGUUUUCAUUAAAAUAAUAUGCAACCACAACAAUAAAUAAUACCAAAGUGGUGUAUCCUGGGAUGGACAUGGUUUUAAAAAUGAGAAGAAAAUGUGUUUUAAAUACAAACGACGCCACAGCGAUGUCACUGGAGUGAAAGUACGCUCACCAACGUGCACGAGUGGUGGAGCGAUUGUCAACGAGAGUGCACUUGGUACUGGUAGAAACCUCCUGGUUACAUCAGCCCUCAGGGGAUUAUUGUGUCCGUCCGUCGUGC